AUGUCGUGGAAAAGGAAUUACUUUGCAUCUGGCAGCAGCGGGCUGCAGGGGAUCUUCACUCCACGAAACAUGACAUCCAUUGCCCCCAGCAAAGGGCUCAGCAAUGAACCGGGCCAGAACAGCUGUUUUCUCAACAGCGCACUGCAGGUCCUCUGGCACCUGGACAUCUUCCGUAGAAGUUUCCGGCAGCUGACCUCACACAAGUGCAUGGAGGACUCGUGCAUCUUCUGUGCUCUUAAGAGCAUCUUCGCCCAGUUCCAGUUCAGCAGCGAGAAGGUGCUUCCGUCGGACGCCCUGAGGAGCGCCCUGGCUAAAACCUUCCAGGACGAACAGCGUUUCCAGCUGGGCAUCAUGGACGACGCGGCCGAGUGUUUCGAGAACAUCCUGAUGCGGAUCCACUUCCACAUCUCUGACGAGACAAAGGAGGACAUCUGCACCGCCAAGCACUGCAUCCCGCACCAGAAAUUUGCCAUGACCCUGUUUGAGCAGUGUGUCUGUAGCAGCUGUGGGGCAUCCUCAGACCCACUGCCCUUUAUUCAGAUGGUGCACUACAUCUCCACCACCUCUCUCUGUAAUCAGGCAGUGCGUAUGCUGGAGUGCAGAGAGAAACCUACGCCUGACAUGUUUGGGGAACUGCUAAGGAACGCCAGCACCAUGGGGGACCUGCGCAACUGCCCGAGUAACUGUGGCGAGAAGCUGCGUAUUCGCCGUGUCCUAAUGAACUGCCCUGAGAUCAUCACCAUCGGCCUGGUCUGGGACUCAGACCACUCCGACCUGGCCGAGGACGUCAUCCACAGCCUCGGAACCGUCCUGCGUCUGGGAGAUCUCUUUUACAGGGUGACGGACGACAAGGCCAAACAGGCAGAGCUCUACCUAGUGGGCAUGGUGUGUUACUACGGCAAGCAUUACUCCACCUUCUUCUUCCAAACCAAGAUCCGAAAGUGGAUGUAUUUCGACGACGCGCACGUCAAAGAGAUUGGGCCCAAAUGGAAGGACGUGGUAUCGCGUUGUAUUAAAGGCCAUUACCAGCCUCUGCUGCUGCUCUAUGCUGACCCCCGGGGGACGCCGGUGUCAGCGCAGGACCUUGCCUCCCGCCUAGACCUGCACCAUUUUACUAAAGCCUACUACGAUAGUGAGGACUCAGGCCGUGAGCCAUCCAUCUCCAGUGACACACGGACAGACUCGUCCACAGACAGCUAUUCGUAUAAGCACUCCCACUCACACCAUGAAUCCAUUGCCAGCCAUUUCUCUUCCGACUCCCAGGGUACCGUCAUCUGUAACCCUGACAACGACACUGCCUCCCACAGCAGCCUGGAGACCACAGGACCAGUGAUCGAAAGCGAGUCUGUACAGCGCCACACCUUCCGAAAAACCGGGACAGGGGACAAGAAGAUCGGAGCCUCGGACAGAAAGAGGAGCGCCAGUCGCCCACGACGUUUUGAGGAGAGGAGUCGAGGAUCUAAGAGCGACGACGUGUCCUCUGCAGGCUACCACAGCGAGGGAGAGACUCUAAAGGAGCAACAGGCACCCCGUGCGGCGCCUAAGGUCUGCUCCAGCCGUCUGCGAGACUUUAGAGAGACCAUGAGUAACAUCAUCCACAGUCGCCCCCUGUCCGCCGACAGCACCAGCAGCGAGUCCAAGUCCAGUUCCUCCGGCGGCCGGUACAAGCCGGCCUGGAGGCCGCGGCGCGAGGCCCUCAACAUCGACAGCAUCUUCAGUCGGGAGCGACGCAGGCAGGCCGGGUACAGUCCCCUGGGGGCCACGCUGCCGGAGGACAGCGGGCUGCAGGACGAUGCCGUGGGGGCCAGAACCCUGCCCUCCCCUUUGCCCCCCCCCCGGGGCUCAGACCAGCAGCCCAGACUCAUUCAGAGGAUGGAGAGUGGAUACGAGAGCAGCGAGAGAAACAGCAACAGCCCUGUCAGCCUGGACAUGCCUCUGAGUGAAGGCUCCAGUAACGGCACACACAAGUAUGAAGAUUUGGGGCUGAAGAAGCUUCCCUCUAAUGUGGGCCCAUCAUGGAAGAGUGUGACUAAGUCAAAGAGCAGCAGUGCAUUGCUGCAGGAUGUCAAAGCAUCAGUUGUAGGAAACAGCCACUUAAGUCUGGCAGGAGAGGGCCGCAGCGAGCUGGACGAGUUGCAGGAGGAGGUGGCUCGCAGAGCUCGAGAGCAGGAGCUCCAGAAAAGGAAGGAGAAGGAGAGAGAGGCAGCCAUGGGGUUCAACCCCAGACCCAGCAAGUUCAUGGACCUGGAUGAGCUGCAGAGUCAGGGGAAGGGUGACGGGUUUGAGCGAUGUGUGUUGGAGGCCGAGUCGUUGUUAGAUCAGUCUCUGCGGCUGGAUCAGGCCGGGGAUGUGGCUGCUGCUCUCUCUGUGGUGAAUGAAGCUGUGUCUAAACUCAGGCUUGGCAUGCAUGAGGGCAGUGCUAACACUCAGAGCAGGACAGUGGCUGAGGCCCGGCUACAAAAAUGCAUGAGGAGAGCCCGGGGUCUUCAGCAGCGCAUGCAACAACAACAACAACAACAACAACAACCACCACCACCACAGCAGGAGAAGGAGAGCUCACAGGAGCAGGAGACGCCCCAUCCUCAGGGUGAACAGCCUAUCACGGUCCAAGUACUUCUGACGGACAUGCAAGAGGAGGCUCAGGAAACUAUUCAGGAAGCUGCCUUAAGACCGCCCUCACCUUCCCAGAUUAGACCCAACUCCACCAGUAAAAACAUUCCUGACCCCUCCUGCCAACCUUCCGCCACCCCCCACCACUCUGCCAGGUCUACCACCCCGUUGCCACAGGGUUCCACAGGGAACAGUGCCGAUCGUUUGAGGCUGACGGGGUACGGAAGCUGGGAUCACUCACGCCCGUCAGAUCCCGGUGAGAUUCCCGGUAUCGCAGAGAACUCGGUCUCUCACCCGCGACCCAACGGGAAACACAACGGCGCGCCUCUCCCCGCGAUCUCUAUCAACCACUGCGAGCCGGCCGCGGCCGAGAGUCCGCUCAAGCCGCCCGCCGGUCACGCCCGGCGAAGCAGCCAAGCGCAGACUCUCGGCGUCACUCACGCCCGCGCCCGCUGUCCCUCGCCGUAUCAGCUCAGCUCGGACGACGGGGAACGCGGCUCCAAAGCGCCUCCUCGCCAACCGACGCCGCACGAUCCUCAGCCUCCCCCCCCGCAGCAGCAGCAGAAACAGUACGGCACAGCUCCAGAUACCUGUCACACAGACUCAAGGCCGGCCACAAGGAACUGGUCCUGUAGCAGCCUGGGCAGGGCUGAUUCUAUGGAGGCAGCGGUGGACUCGCCCUACUACUCCCCGUCCGAACUCCUCACCCCCCCGUCCCCUCACCAGGUCCCCUCCCCUUUCCCGCCGACGCCCUCGGCGGAGCCGACCUACGCCGCUCCUCUGCCCGUGGAACGCUGGGCCGAGAACGUCAAUAGAUACUACAACUCCCAGAAUGCCGCGGUUUCGGGACGUGGCUCGCCCUGUAAAGAGCUGUCCGAGCUGGACUCUCUCUACCAGGCCAGCCUCAAUGCCCCCAGUGCUCCCCGCGCCCCACGUGGCACCAGCCCACAGCCCUUUGGCAACACAGGUGCACCCGCGGCUCGGAAGCUGAUCUCUGGGAUGUCGGCCACUCUGGGCCGCUCCAAAACCCCGACAGCCGAGCUAGAGAGAAGUGCUUACAGGACCCCGAAGUACACCAGCACCCCAGCGCAGCUAAGCAAACCCAUCUCUGCUCCAGUGUGUGAUUUGUCUCCGGUCGAGGACGAAUCAUACAGCGCCGAGAACCUGCGUCGCAUCGCUCGCAGCCUGAGUGGGACUGUAAUCAGGGGGCGACCUGACCACCUCACACCCUCUCGCAGCUUUGAGCCCCCUCUCACCCGGACGCCAAAGCAUGUGGACCCCCAAGUCAGCACACGUCAUCUUAGCACCUCCCCACAUGUGUCCUCCCUACCUCCCCACAGCCCCACUGUACUUCCUCAUGAACCCCAGCUUCAAUACCACCCUCAAAACCACCAUCACCACUACCACCACCACCACCCAGCCCUUUCACCACACCCAGUCCAGCAGGCACCGCGGCCCGCUGCCCUGGGGCCGUCGCGGGGAUACCCAGGAGGUCCCCAAAAGGUCGACAAGUUUCUGGCUGUGCUUGACCGGGGUGAAGCUUUCUCCCGCGACAGCUACCAAAAUGUUGCACUGAACUACGGCACGUUGCCAAGGGGACCCCGGAGGUCUGCCCAGUCUGCGUCUUCGGUUUCCUAUGCCAGGGAAGUUCCUGCGUCUGGCCCCAGGCAGUGGAGCUCCACGGAUCCAGGCUACGCCACCCUGGCCCGCCCUCGCCGCUCCGCCAACAACGUCACCGAAGCCCCCUACAGGCCUCCCACAGCGCCACGCCCUGUCCCUCAACACCAGGCCCACCGUCACCUCCUGCACAUGCCGAAAGAGCCCCCCACCCAGCCCACGCGCCUCGACGUGCCCCCCGAGGAAGACUGGAGGACUGCCGAAUACAGAUUGCCCCCUCGGGACCCGGUCUUGAGGCCUGACCCCCGCGGUAGGAUUCCCCGCGGCCCCCCAGGUCAGCCCUGCUCCCUGUGCCAAGAGAACCCCGCACUGCCUUCCUGCAGCUACUGCCAGACCUGUGGAGUUUAUAUGACCCGAUUCAGGUCCAACAGCUGA